GUGCACGUGCGUGAAGGAGCACUGAGAACGUAAAUAUUGCCACUUUUCCUGGGAAAUCGCGAGGAAAUCCCACUCCAAGAUGAGUCUGUACAACUUCAAGAAGAUCAUGGUGGUUCCGCCGGCAAAGGACUUUAUCGAUAUAAUGCUGUCCAAGACGCAGCGGAAGACGCCAACGGUGGUGCACAAAGGCUACAAGAUCUCCAGGAUACGAAGCUUUUACAUGCGCAAGGUGAAAUACACGCAGCAGAAUAUGCAUGAUAGACUGUCUCAGAUCAUCCAGGACUUCCCGAAGCUGGACGAUGUGCAUCCUUUCUAUGCGGAUCUGAUGAACGUCCUGUAUGACAAGGAUCACUACAAGCUCGCCCUGGGACAGCUGAACACGGCCAGGCAUCUUGUUGACAAUGUCGCCAAGGACUACGUGCGCCUGCUGAAGUACGGAGACUCGCUGUAUCGCUGCAAGCAGCUGAAGAAGGCCGCUCUGGGCAGGAUGGCGACGAUUAUCAAGCGCCAGGCGUCGAAUCUCGCCUAUCUGGAGGAGGUGCGGCAGCAUCUCUCGCGUCUGCCCUCAAUCGACCCGUACAACCGCACGCUACUGCUGUGCGGCUUCCCGAAUGUGGGCAAGAGCAGCUUCAUCAACAAGAUUACGCGCGCGGACGUGGAAGUGCAGCCGUACGCCUUCACCACGAAGAGUCUCUAUGUGGGACACACGGACUACAAAUACCUGCGCUGGCAGGUGCUGGACACGCCUGGGAUCCUGGAUCAUCCGCUGGAGGAGCGCAAUGUGAUCGAGAUGCAGGCCAUCACGGCUCUGGCGCAUCUCCGGGCGUGCAUUCUCUACGUGAUGGACAUCUCCGAGGACUGCGGCCACACGCUGGCCGAGCAGAUGAAGUUGUUCGAGAGCAUCAAGCCGCUGUUCACCAACAAGCCGCUGAUCGUGGUGCUGAACAAGGUGGACAUCGUGAAGCCCGAGGAGCUGACCGGCGAGCGCCAGGCGGUGCUCAAGAGGCUGCAGGACGUGGCGCCGGAGGUGCCCGUGAUGCAGAUGAGCACGCUGGCCGAGGAGGGCGUGAUGGAGGUGAAGAACGAGGCGUGCGAGCGCCUGCUGUCGUAUCGCGUGGAGAGCAAGGUGCGCUCGAAGAAGGUGGACACGAUCCUCAACCGACUGCACGUGGCCAUGCCCAAGGAGAGGGACAACAAGGAGCGCCCAGCCUUCAUUCCUGAGUCCGUGCAGGUGAAGAAGGUCGUGGCGGCGGAGAAGCGCAAGCGCAAACUGGAGAGAGAGCUGGAGGAGGAGCUGCAGGAAGACUACGUGCUGGACUUGAAGAAGAACUACACGGAGAUCGACGAGGAGGAGCGCCACGACACAAUCCCGGAGUUCUGGGACGGACACAACAUCGCGGAUUACAUUGAUGCAGACAUCUUCGAGAAGCUGGAGGAGCUGGAACGCGAAGAGGGACUGAAGAUGGAGGCUGGCUUCUACGAACCACCGCAGUUGAACCUCGACGCCACGCUGCUGGAGAUCCGCGAGCUGGCGAAGCAGAUCCGCUACAAGAAGUUCCUGCUGAAGGACGCGCGCCGGCUGGACGGCAAGAAGAAGCGACCGACGAUUCCGAGGAACAAACAGCCCAAGAUCAGGGAGCGCAGCGUGGCGGGACUGAAGAGUCAGAUGGAGAGUCUGGGCGUGGACAUGUCGGGCACGGAGAACGCCAACUUCACGAAGAGCGUCGUGAGUGUGCGCAGAUCCGCGUUGACAACCGCCGAGGGCAGGAAGAAGGGCAAACCAGACAAGGAGUCGUCGGCGAUCUGCAAGGCCACCGGGCGGCCGCUGAAGCGGGCGCCGCCGCGCAACGAGCUCGGCGUGCGGGAUAAAAUCAUGAAGAGGAAGGGCGAGCUCAUGGCCAGGAAGUCCAUCUCGCUGAAGGUGAAGAAGAUGGGCCUGAAGGGCGAGGCGGACCGCUUCAUCGGCAACAAGAUGCCCAAGCAUCUGUUCUCCGGUAAGCGCGGCGUCGGCGGCACGGACAGGCGCUGAGCCGCCGCUCAUGUAUUGAUGGAAUUGGGAAUAAAGAUGCACUUUUCCACGCGA